UAGCAGUUGUCAAUCUCGCUUGUUUUGUUUCAAAAAAUUAAGAAAAAAUUGUGAUAUAAAGCAAUAACAACUCUAUAUUUCAUAGUUUUAUAUUGUAUUAAAUGAUUAUUAAUGUUGUGUGAACAAUGGCUGAGAUCUACAAAUUAAUACACCCUGGAAAAUAUUUUAAUGAUUACAUAUUGAGAAAUGCUCGGCCAGACGGCCGAAAAUUUGAGGAGCAGCGAAACAUUAAACUAAAUGUGGGUUCUAUAACAGCCGCAGAUGCAUCAGCAAUCGUAAAAUGUGGUAACACCACUGUUGUAUGCGGUAUAAAACUAGAACUAGCUAAGCCAAAAGCUGAAGAACCAGAAUUAGGUUAUAUUGUAUCAAAUGUUGAGCUUAUACCACUUUGCUCGUCGAAAUUUAGACCAGGCCCACCAUCGGAUCAUGCACAAGUCAUUAAUAAUAUAGUAUCAGAUAUUAUGGUAAAUUCUAAAUGCAUUGACUUGAAAGAUCUUUGUAUAGUUCCCGAUAAGUUGGCAUGGGUCUUGUACUGUGACCUAACUUGUCUGGAUAAUGAUGGCAGUGUUGUAGAUGCCUGUAUUAUGACUAUUAUGGCUAGCUUAAAAACAUUAACAUUGCCAACUGUGACAUAUGAUGCAGAAACAGAGGAGAUUAAAGUGGACACAAGUUUAAGAAAUCCCUUAAAUCUUCAUGGUCUACCAAUAGCUACAAGUUUUGCUAUUUUUCAACAAUCACCAAGAAGUAUUGUCUUAACUGACCCAUCUCUAUAUGAAGAGGAAAUGUGUGGAGGAAAUGGAGCAAAUUUAAUUGUUUGUUGGAAUAAAGAUGUUUUAUGUGGUGUUCAAAAGUAUGGAGGCAGUAAUUUGUCAUCAGAAUCUGAAAAGAAAACCUUAAAAACAGCCAAAGAAAGAAGUAAACUUGUGGAAUGUGUUAUUGAAACCUGUGUAAAAGAUUUUCAAAUUAAAAAAGAAAAGUAAUUUAAUAUUAAAUAAAGCAUUUACAAAUAAAA